GGCGCCGUCCAGGAGCGUAGGCCUGGACCAUGCAAUCCCGACUGGUGCUCCGAUCCGCACCCGGAGCAGCUCUCCGGGCCACGGUGACUGCGUUCUGCGGUUUAAAGUCAAUACAGAGAAGCUGCCAUAAUUUUUGUACUGCUGUUCCUAAGCACAUCACUUACAAGGAACUAAAAAACCUGUUGACUUCUAAAAACAUUAUGUUAAUUGAUGUAAGACAGACAUGGGAAAUUGUACAACAUGGUAAAAUCCCGGGGUAUAUUAAUAUACCAUUGAAUGAAGUAGGCCAAGCUCUGCCGAUGAGCCCCAGAGAUUUCAAAGAGAAAUAUCAUCAAGUAAAGCCAUGCAAAUCUGACAGCAUAGUGUUUUCUUGUCUAGCUGAAGUGAGAAGCAAGAAGGCUAUGGACACAGCAAUAUCGCUAGGCUUCAGCAGUGCCCAACACUGUGCAGGAAGAUGGAAGGAAUGGGUAAUGUAUGAAUUUCCAGAGAAGAAACAAGGACAUUGAAUUUUGGAAUGCACGCUGACUUUCCUUGGGUACAUGGAGUGUGAGAUGGUAUUGAGCAAA